CUAGGAGCCAAAUCCUGAAAUAACUCAGGAGCCAAAUUCUAGGAGUAGGAAAUCAGUAGAAACCCAGUGUUCAGCACCGCCCUAAGGGGCUACAGUGAAGUAUUGCUACAAAAGGCGUUGGCCAAAAGCCAUCAGAGCAGGAUUUCAACUUCUGAUGUUGUUUGUUGAGGAACUCUUCCUGGCAAGUCUCAUUUCAGUUUCGUUUCUCAAAGGUUCCUCAAAGGUUUGGGCUGAGCAGCUUGUGUGAGUGAGGAAAUAGAAAGCUGGCAAGGUGGUGAACCACCCACUAUUUCACUAGACUCCAGUACUGGCCUCUGAAAAAACAAAAGAGUCUUUAGAUUAAGCAGAACCGAUCCCAAAAUAUACACAAAGAAGAUGAACAUGGACUAUUGGAGAGCGGUUUUCGAGGAGCAAAUCGAAGCAGUGAAACCGAGAGAUUCCUGGAGACUGACAAUGGAUCGGAGCCUUGACUUCCAUAAUGUGGAACCUCGGUGGAUGAAAUCACUGCAGGAACAUGCUCAUGGAAGCUUUACAUGUUCACGGUGCUACCACAGCUGGUCCUCACAUCAAGUUGUCGUCUUGUUCCACAUGCACCUGGAGCGAUAUGAUAAACGAGGGUCGGUCAAGAUGAGGACCUUCAGGCAGCAAUGCCACCGGUGCUCUUCAGACAAGUACGAGGAGCCACAGUUCAGCGAGGAGGAUGUUGCCCGUAUCGUUGAGUGCUUGAUCUUCAGCAUCAGAAAGAAAUGCUAUGGGGAACCCUUAGAUGACAGCCGUCUCUUUGAGGUGGUAUAUGAGAACAGGGGCCCUCAUAAGCAUGAGCAUUGUGAAGCUUGUCACCUGGGAAUACACAAUGCACAUCAUAGGUGGCCUAGACGUGGCGGUCACCAUAGGGAGCUUCAAAGACCAGCGUCUCUCCCGGUCAUUCUGCAGGAGAGUAAGGCAGGCUCAACCACUCCCAGCUCCUUGGUAACACCAAAAGAUCAAGCAUUUGCAAACCACGUUGACCCCAAUUAUUGCCAGGCAUGUUGCGCUUCUUUUAUCCUCAUUGCUUUUGUGAUUGCCUUCCUUGUCUACUGGCCUGGGAAUAAAUAGCUGUGAUUUAUGCACCGCAGGGGGUUGGACUAGAUGACUCUAGGGAUCCCUUGCAGCUCUACAAUUCUAUGAAAAACCCAAUGGCACAUUACCAGAAGGUGUUCUCAAGAAGACCCAGGGCGCCUUUGGCAGGGGAAACAAAGACUUCUACCUG